AUGGACAGCGAUGGGAUAGAAUGGGCUAGAGACGAAAGCACACACGUUGACGACAUGGACUCCGACGUCGACUCCGCGAUCGACGAGGCAACCGGACAGACCGAUUUGCUCUCCUUGACGUCGAGCAUCCUCGAUUACCAGUUCGAAAACGGCAGGUCAUACCACUCCAUGAGCCAAGGCAAAUAUGCCUACCCGAAUGAUGAUCAAGAGCUUAUACGCUACGAUCUUCAGCACCACAUCUGGUUGAUCACCCUGGACGGAGAGCUGGGAACUAGUCCGGGCAGACAUACGGCGAAGAGAGUGCUGGAUAUGGGCACGGGGACUGGUAUCUGGGCCAUCGACUUUGCCGACGCAUAUCCUGGCGCCGAGGUUAUUGGUGUAGACCUGAGUGCUAUCCAGCCUGAGCUAUUGCCAGCCAAUUGCAGUUUCGAGAUUGACGACCUUGAGCUCGAUUGGGAGUGGAACCAACCCUUCGAUUACAUCUUCAACCGCUCUGUCGCAGGCAGUUGGUCGAAUUUCCGGUCCAUCAUUCAAAAGGCCUAUGACAACUUGGAGCCAGGCGGCUAUUUCGAGAUCCAAGACCUGGAACUCCCGUCGUACUGCGACGACGGCACCGUGCCCCCGACGGCGGCCCUCUACCGGUGGCAGAACGCGCUCGUGGACGCCUCCAACGAGAUCGGCCGGCCCCUCAACUACGCGCCGUCCUCCCUGGACGACCUCCGGGACGUCGGCUUCGUUGAGAUCCGCCACCAGGUCUUCCAGUGGCCGUUCAACUCGUGGCCCGAGGACCCCAAGCUGAAGGAGAUCGGCCGCUGGAACUGCGCGAACCUGGACAUGGGGCUCGAGGGCUUCUCGCUGGCGCUGAUGACGAGGGUCAAGGGGUGGACGCGGGACGCCGUCGAGGAGUUGUGCGAGGAGGUCAAGAGGGAGGUCCUGGACACGAGGUUGCACGCAUACUGGAAACAGCACGUUAUAUAUGCCAGAAAACCCGGCGGAGCGCCGUCCUGA